CCAAAUACAUUGCCAUGGCUGCGCCAUCUGAUUCUAACACCUCAAACUCAUUUCUGCAUCCAUUUUUCCAAGAAAGUUGUUACCCUGAAGAGCUAAGAGAAUCCAUCAUUUCACUACCCAGAGAGGAAUGUUGGGUCGCUCCUUAUAUAUACAACUACAAAGGGUUUUGGCUGGGUUCUAUUCACUUGUAUGGUGCUCUUAGAUCCCAACAACAAUUCCAGGCUCAACAUUCUGAUAUUAUACUAUGUUCCUUCCCUAAAUGCGGCACCACUUGGUUGAAAGCUCUAAUAUUUGCUGUGAUCACUCGAAAACAGUUCCUUGUGUCCCAAGAAACCCUAAACCCUUUACUCACAACAAAUCCUCAGGACUUAAUUCGCAACAUGGAACUUGCUUAUGCAAGAGAAAACAGCCCUGAUUUCAGUGUGAAUAAUGGGUUGUUUAGGGUAUUGUCUACGCAUUUACCACUAGCGUUGUUACCGAAAUCGGUAGGGGAAUCAAAAUGCAAGCUCAUUUAUGUGUGCAGAAGCCAAAAAGACACACUUGUGUCGUUUUGGCACUUCGUGAAUAAGCUAAGAGGGGAGGCUCGAGGCCUGGGAGCAAUACCGUUUCCACACACAUUUGACAAAUAUUGCAGGGGAGAAAGUAUGUAUGGGCCUUUCUGGGAUCAUAUGUUGGGAUACUGGAAGGAGAGCUUGGAGAAUCCUGGGAAGGUGUUGUUCUUGAAGUACGAGGAGAUUAAGGAAGAGCCUGAUGUUCAGUUGAGGCGAAUUGCAGCGUUCUUGGGGUGUCCAUUUUCUGAGGAGGAGGAAGAGGGUGGUGUAGUAGGUGGAAUCUCGAGACUUUGCAGCUUUGAAAGGUUGAGCAACUUGGAGGUUAACAAGACUGGUAAGAGCUAUUAUAGUCCAAAUAAUGUGUAUUUCAGGAAAGGCGAGGUUGGAGAUUGGAGGAACCAUCUAACAGAUGAAAUGGCCAUCAAACUUGAUCAAAUUGUUGAAGAAAAGUUCAAAGGGACAGGGCUCAAGUUGUGCUGAAAUUUCCCUUUUUACUAUUUUAGCUUGUUCUGAAAAAAUUGGUAAUAUAAUAAUACAACUAUAAGCUCAUAAGAUCCAUGAUUGUAUGUUGUAAUGUGUUCAAAUUCAUAUUAUGUAGUUUAAAAUAUUGGCUCUGAUAUGUAUGUAUUGUUGAGAACGGUUAAUUGGUGAUAUACCUAGUGUUAUAUAUAUGCCAAUGGAAAAAAAAAUCUACUUUCUUCUUGUGCUUUAAUUUGAUAAUGAUUUGUUUA